AUGGGUGGAGAAACAGCCCAUCGCAUUCAAUCGUCCUAUCCGCAACUAUCCUCAGGUCCUGUUGGACAACAGAUUGAGAGUAUUUAUACAGACCGCCUGCGCCAAUUUACCUCGGAUGGCCAGUAUGAGAAACAGAAUCUACGGUCUAAGCUUUACCACGACAUCGUCGAUGAUUCUGACCACGUGAAGCUCUCGGUCUACUCCCCACCCGAUCUAGCACGCCCGACCUUCAAGGAUGCUACUUCUCACAAAUUUCAACCUACCCACCGUGGGGAGUCCUUCGGUCCUGCGUGGUCAACUCAUUGGUUCAGGAUCCAACUCACUGUCCCUAAGAAGAUGCGAGAUGGAGAACACCUGGAAUUUCAUUGGGAUGCUAACAAUGAGGGAAUGGUAUGGACCGAAGACGGAGAUCCUUUACAAGGUCUGACUGGUGGUGGCGAUCGCACAGAAUGGAUCCUCCCUAAGAGCUGGCGGGAUGGAAAAGAGCAUGUGUUCUACAUCGAGAUGGCCUGCAAUGGAAUGUUUGGCAAUGCUCCAGGUGGCGACAGCAUCCAGCCACCGGACCCUAACAAAUAUUAUCAAUUGUGGAAGGCCCAGAUUGUCGACGUGAACCUCACCGUCCGCCAACUCUAUGUGGAUUUCUGGAUUAUUGGAGAUGCGGCGAGAGAAUUUCCUGGUGACAGUUGGGAAAAGCAUGAAGCCUUGCAAAUUGCCAACCAGAUCAUUGACACAUUCAUUGCUGGCGAUGGAUCCCAGGAUUCUAUCGAGAAGGGACGUAAGAUUGCUCAGAAGUACAUUGGCAAAUUGGUCGACUCGCCCAAGGUAUAUGACUCGGACGAGACUUCUCUGGUCUACGGCAUUGGGCAUUGCCACAUUGACACAUGCUGGCUCUGGCCAUGGGCUGAAACGAAGCGCAAGGUGGCGAGGAGUUGGUCCAACCAGUGUGACCUGAUGGAUCGGUACCCGGAGCACCGUUUUGCCGUCAGUCAAGCUCAACAAUACAAGUGGCUGAAGCAAAACUAUCCAUAUGUCUUUGACCGAGUUAAGACAAAGGUUAAAGAGGGAAGAUUCCACCCCAUUGGUGGAAGUUGGGUUGAGCAUGACACCAAUAUGCCCAGUGGUGAAUCGCUAGUUCGCCAAUUUAUGUAUGGACAGAGAUUUUUCGAGAGCAACUUUGGUGAAAGGUGCCAGACGUUCUGGCUUCCCGACACUUUCGGCUACUCUGGUCAGCUACCUCAGAUCUGUCGGCUGGCAGGCAUGACCAGGUUUUUCACGCAAAAGUUGAGCUGGAACAAUAUCAACAACUUCCCUCACACCACUUUCAACUGGGUCAGUCUGGAUGGCAGUCAGGUCAUCUGUCAUAUGGCUCCCAGCGAGACCUAUACUGCUGAUGCUAACUUCGGCGAUGUCAAAAGAAGUGUCUCCCAACACAAGAGCCUGAACCAAGACAAUACGUCUCUACUUGUCUUUGGAAAGGGUGAUGGUGGCGGUGGCCCCACCAGAGAUAUGCUGGAAAAAUUGCGACGGUGUCGUGGAAUGAGCGACACUACAGGGCUCUUGCCGCGAGUGCAUAUGGGGAAAUCUGUGGAUGAUUUCUUCGCCAACCUAGAGAAGAAGAUCGCGAACGGCACCAAGCUCACCACGUGGUAUGGGGAGCUUUACUUUGAGCUUCACCGAGGCACGUAUACUACGCAAGCAAAUAACAAGAGGAACAAUCGACAGCAGGAGGUGCUUUUACACGACAUUGAGUAUCUGGCAACGCUAGCAUCGUUGAAGAGCAAGAGUUACAAAUACCCCAAAAAGGAGAUUGACGAGAUGUGGGAGAACGUGCUCUUGUGUCAGUUCCACGAUUGUCUCCCAGGAAGCUCUAUUGAGAUGUGCUACGAUGAUUCCAACGCCCUAUACGCGCACAACGCCAAGUUGGGAGGCAAGCUCAAGGAAGAUGCCUUAACAGUUCUCGGGCUCUCGCAUCAUAUCAAGGCUAAUGUCGAGCUGGCUGCAGUCAACACUGCGCCAUGGAAUCGAACGGAGCUAUUGCGCAUCCCUGAUGUAGAGAGUUCUUCUCAGGAGCACCAUUACACAUUGGUCUCUGGUGGCCCGGGAAUCAUCAAGACGUCGCCUGCUUCGGCGUGCCAAUCCACAGCAUCCGUUGAAGAAGUCAAGAAAGGCGUUUUUGUCCUGAAGAAUAGCCGUUUCCGAGUUCAAGUGGAAGCAGGUGUCAUUACCUCUCUGUUUGACUUGAAGGCCGACCGAGAAGUUGUCGCUCAGGGUGGAAAGGCCAAUCAGCUGGUCAUCUUUGAUGACAAGCCCCUUUACUGGCAAGCGUGGGAUGUUGAGGUCUUUCACCUGGAAUCAAGGAAAGAGCUUAAGUCUGAGGCUACAGAGAUUGUCGAGACAGGACCGUACAGUGUAAGUGUGGCUACCAAGACGCAAGUCAGUGACGACAGUUGGGUGAAGACAACCAUCAGUCUCGAUGCAACCAAUGGCGAAGCCGAUGGCGGAUAUGUGUCGGUUGAAGCGGAAGUUGAGUGGCACGAGACAAUGAAGUUUUUGAAAGUCGAGUUUCCAGUGGAUGUGAGCAACACGGAAGCCAGCUACGAAAGUCAAUAUGGCCUCAUCCGUCGACCGACUCACUACAACACCAGUUGGGACAUGGCCAAAUUUGAAGUGUGUUGCCACAAGUUUGCCGACUUGUCAGAAGCCGAGUAUGGGGUGUCGAUCCUGAACGAUUCCAAGUAUGGCUUCGCCACGGUCGGCAAUCUGCAGCGACUGUCGCUGCUUCGUUCACCGAAAGCGCCAGACGCCCAUGCCGACAUGGGCCGCCAUCAUAUCAAGUGGGCUAUUAUGCCCCAUCAAGGAUCAUUGAGCAGUGAGACUGUUCGUGCAGCAUACAACUUCAAUCACCCACUGAGACUUGUAUCGUUGGUGGAUAAAACGCCACCAAAGGAGAUAUUCAGUACCAUCACGCUCAGUGGAGGCAAGUCUCUUGUGCUGGACGCGAUCAAACGUGGCGAAGAUGAUGAGGAUGUCUCACGUGGAGAACUUAGCCAACGGUCUGGGCAAAGUGUGAUUCUUCGCAUUUACGAAAGCUUGGGUGGAAAGACCAGAGGCACGAUCGAGACGACCCUGCCGGUCAAGAAGGUAUUCAGAACCAACGUGCUGGAGGACGACCUGGAGGAGGUGGAGAUUUCAGGAAAGAACAAGCUCAGCAUUAACAUUGAGUUGCGUGCCUUCGAGGUGGCAACCUUCCGAUUGCAGCUCUGA